CGCGAUAAGUUGUUGCCAAUGUAGUUGUAUGUAAACUUAAUUCUCGAGGGUUAUCUCCUACAUUCUUUAACGUAGGCGGGAAAAGUGCAAGUGUGGUUUUUCGUUAAUUAUUGUGUCAUAAUAAAUAUAAAAAAUGUCAUUUGGUGGAGGAUUUGGUACUUCCACGCCGGCUUCAGCGCCUUCGUUUACUUUCGGGCAAACCGCUACUGCCACACCGACUGUAAAACCAGCCGGCUUUGGAACGCCGUCCUUUGGAUUCGGCACCAGCACCCCGGCGGCAGCUAAUCCCUCAUUAUUUGGAACACCAGCUCCUCAGCCUACGGGUUUUGGAACUGCAGCUGGUUUCGGAACUCCUGCGGCAACUGCUUUUGGAUCAACGACAACGACCACCAACACAUUUAGCACACCGUUGACGAGUUUUGGAUUUGGAGCACCAGCACCAGCAGCGGCGGCAACACCAUUUGGAGCAACGCCAGCCACAUCAACGGGUUUCGCUGCUCUUUCUACUCCAGCCACGACGAGCACCAUCGGCGGUUUUGGAAGUUUUGGAGGUUUCGGAACAACAGCCACAACAACAGCAGCAGCACCAAGUUUAUUUGGAGGUUUUGGUGCAACGAACACAGCCGCCACUGGUUUUGGAACUUCCACUGGAUUCGGUGGAUUUGGCGCUAAACCCGCGACCACCACUGCUACAGGAUUUGGUGGUUUUGGUACCGGUACAAGUUUUAUGGGCUUUGGCGGAAGUCUGGCUCAACCACAACAACAAACACAACUGCAGCAGCAGCAACUACAACAACAACAACAACAACAGCAAAGUGCAAAUACAAUUUCAGAAGCACUUUACAAUGCAGUCUUUAAUUGUCAAUUAUUUAAUGAUGAACGUGAUAGUACAAUCGCAAGGUGGAAUUUAAUACAAGCAUUGUGGGGAACGGGAAAAGCUUAUUAUUCCGUAAAUGCAGCACCAAUAGAACUGAAUCAAGAGAAUCCAUUGUGCAGAUUCAAAGCAAUUGGCUACAGUCGAAUGCCAGAUGCAGAUAAUAAUGAGGGCCUCGUUGUUCUCUGCUUCAACAAAAAGGAACAAGAAAUAAAAGAGGGAAAACAAAAUUUGAUUGCCUCUUUAAAUACAAUAUUAGGCAACAAACCAAAUCUCACUGUCACCAUUGAUUCAAUAAAAUCAACCGGUGAGAAUAAAUGUCAAUCAACAGUUUUCGUCUCCGAAAAGGGAGUCACUGGUACGUCGAGAAAAAUUCCCGCCAAUGAAUUGUUUACUUAUUUCACUCAGACAAUGCAAAAACAACAGCUCGUUCAAAAGGGGGUAGAAAAUAUUUAUCCUUUCGUGAAACUUGAUCCUACGCAGUUAAAGGAAUAUCUCGAAAAUCCACCGUGCUCGAUAGAUCCGCGCUUGUGGAAACAGGCACAGUUGGAUAAUCCUAAUCCAGAUUUAUACAUACCCGUGCCAAUGAUAGGAUUUCAUCAAGUGAAACACAGGUUAAAGUGUCAAGAAGAGGAAACCGCUAGGCAUAGGGCUUUUCUUGAUAUGGCAGCGGAGAGAAUACAGGAAUUGCAGAGGCAACACACAGCGACGCAGGCAAAACUAAAAGACCAUCGACGAACACUUUUGGAACUUCAGCACAGAGUAUUACAGGUGUUGGUGCGACAAGAAAUAACUAGAAAAGUUGGUCUCUCCUUGCAACCUGAAGAAGAAGUUUUAACCAACAGAUUUGAAUCAAUGCACUCUCAAAUUAGUGCUCCUACGCAAUUUAAAGGAAGAAUCAGUGAAAUGUUAUCACAAUUGAGAAUGAGAAGGCAUGUUGACUCUCAAACGCAGGAACGAUACGCUAUGGAUCCUAUUGCUCAAGAUGAUAUUAAAACUUAUCUAAGUAUGGAACAACAAGGCAUGGAACAGUUGAUAGCUACGAUAAAUACUGAUGUGGAGUGUUUGAAAAUUAUUAAAGACGGUAUGUCCGAACUCGUUGGAACUCCUGGCACUUCCUGAAAUAAAAUUAUUUUACGAACAAACCUUAUGUAAGGCAAAAGGUAUGUUUUGUUAAAUAGAAUAUUUUUUUCAUCAUUUUCACACAAUGAUGAUGAAAUAAUGAUAAUCCAACGAGUGAACUUCACCUGCUCAAAGACAUGUGAAUUUUUCCUUUUUGGAUCAUUACUAAGUACCUAGUAGUUAACUAAUAAUUAAAUUUUCUAAUUGCGAAAAACUCUUUUUUCAUAUAAAUGUGAUACGAUUUAGUUGAAAAUUAGAUAGACAAGUGAAAUAAAAUAAUUUUCUCUUUUUUCGCUAUUUGAAAAAAAAACAAUAAUUCUCUGUAUAGACUAUCUGAAGAUGAGUAAAUUUGUCAUCGUAGCUGAAAUAAUAUUUCUGAAAAAAAGUAUCUCCGUAUGAAUUUAAUUUAUUAUUGAAAAAUAAAGAAUUAAGGUAUUUUUGUUACGACAUAAAAAAUUAAUAAAAACUCCUUUCGUAUAAAUAUUUUUUUUUAUUGGGUAAUCUGACAUUUCUUUGAGAAUAGGCACUUAUUUACUUAUUUAAUUUUUCGAUAAUUUAUAAUUUUCCACAUAUACAGAUAUACAUAUACACUCUUGUAUAAAGCAAUUUUUUUUUUCGAAGCAAGACAUAUUUGAAAUUCUUAUGCAUUUGUUUUUUAAUGACAAAAUUUUUACAUGCGGGACGCCUUCGAGACGAGUUUGUUUUUUAGUUCUUUGAUUUUUCGAGACUUAUCAAAUUAUUAACCACAAUUUCAGGCUAUACUUUUUUUUCUUUGCUGAAAUUAAUAUUACGAAUUAAAUCUAUAAUAAG